AGCUGAGUUACCAGUGGAGAGUUGCCAUAAGGAGGGUUGAUUCUACAUCAAAAACACUAUGGAAACCAAAGGCACAUGACAAAGUCUGUUUCCUCCACUUUCGUGAGGAAGAUUACACUUCUACAUGAGAGAAAAAGACUGAAGCCAGGAACGAUACCAUCCAUAUUUCCAUUUAAUAAUUCGCAAAGUAUCAGAUCCGAUGAAGUGGAGGAUGAGUCUCAAGCAGAUGAAGCAGUGGCAGACAAGCAUGAAGACUGCGCUGGUGAGAGCCAAAAAGAAAGAACAGCUUCCCAGUGUGAUAUCACUACACCAUCAGACACAAGAGAAAGCAUCAUGCUGUACCAGAAAAAUGCAAAGGCUGUCCAGUAUCAAACUGGAUUUAGUCAUAUUGAACAUUUCAUGUUGUUUUUCAAUGGCCUUGGGCCAGCAGCUCACCACUUGAAUUUCAAAAGUUUGUCACCAGGGCCAAUGUUUUUUGAUCAUUAUGAAACUGAGACAAGCCUUUGACGAUUAUUUAGCUCUCCGUUUCAAGCUAUCGGUAACAACGGUGUCAGAAAUAAUAAGCACAUGGAUCAACUUUGUUUUUCCAGCUCAGUGAAAUGAACAUUUGGCCAGAACGUGACAUAGUUGACGACUAUAUGUCUGUAAAUUUUAAGAAAUAUGGAGUAUUGAUUUCAUGGGUAAACAACAGUGACUGGCAUAAUUUGUCCUUGUCUUGUCUUUCGGUUGCGUUCAAAAUAGGUCACCAAACCUAAAAUGAUAAAAUUAAAUUAGUGAGAUAGGUUUUUUACUGUUCUUUUCAAUUUGUAUUCCAAAUGCAAAAUGAAAUUGUACAUUCAUAG